UGCAACCGCGCGGCAGCCGAGACGGGCGGACAGGCAGUGGCCGCAGAAGGGCAGGCAGUCACUCAGGAAAGGUAGUCGCGUACGAGUGUCUUUGCGUUCGUCUCUAUUUAAUUGGAUUUGGAUCGCUAUCACGGAUUACUGGAUUACUCUACGACCAGCAACGGGAGUCUUUCUAAAAGGUAAGCGGUUGGAGAAUUAAAAAUAAAAAAAUAAAAAAGAAAGGCCAAUUACAAUGAUCGGCCGCGAUGGAGUCGGAACGUGGAUGGACGUUCCUGAGGAAUUCGUCAAAGCGUUCGGUGACGAAGCCUCGUAGGAUGGACACGUGGUCAGAGGGCAUCGCGUACCACUGAAGAGGAACCGACGGAGGGGAAGGUGUAAGAUAAAAGGAAGAAGGUUUUAGGGAGGAGGAGAAAGGCAGAGUGGAAGGAAAGCGGAAAACGGAGGGGAAGGAAGAAGCUGCGGGAAGAGGGGCGGAGGGAGGAGGGAGGAGGAUGCCCGGCUCGCAAGCCGCCGCCGCCUCGGAGCGGCGAAACGACAGAAUGACCACCCACGAGCCACCAAAAUUGAAGACGACACUUAAGACACCCCCGAAGCAGGCGACCAACCCUCUGCAAUUUGUCAAAGUAGGACCGUGCUCGCUUUAUCGCACUGCUCAGGAGCAGCUACAGAAGGUGCAGGAGGUCAAGAAGAUAAAGCAGGAGGUCCGCGAUGAUCCUGAGGAUUGGCAGUCGAAUCUCGACAAUUGGAAGAGCAGUCGCAGGAAGCGGCAGGAGCACAUAAUCGAACGGGUCGUCGAGGUGAAGAAGCUGGAGCUCGAGGAACACGACAGGCAGCGUCGCCGGAGCAAGACGUUUUCGGAGAUGAUGGAGGAACGGGGGAACCGGGGCCGAAAAAUGAGUAUCAGUCUGGCGAUGUAUCAGGAGGAAGAUGCGAACGACCUGAGCGACCUUGGUAUUGGGACCAGCAGUGGGAAGAGCUCCGUCAGUGGGGACACUCACGAUGACGCCCACAGUGUUCUAAGCGACAGGGACAGCGAGAUCGAGAAGAAUCAUUCAGACGUGGACAACAACGGGACCGGCGAAAACGGAAAUGCUGUACCCAAUAAGAAAGUCGCGGAUCUCGAUAACGGUUUCCACAGCCACAAGCAUAAUCAUAAUCAUAAUCAUAAUCAUAAUCAGGAAUACGAUUCAGCUACCACAGCGACAGCAAGCUCACCGGAACCUGAAGAGUACACCUACGAAGGUGCGAUCCGUGGCUACGUAUCCAGGGUGUCCCAGAAUAUACCGAUGCGAAGGAAGUCCUUGGCGAAUUUGGACGCGAAGCUGAAUAACUCCUCGGUAAACUCCAACGAUACCGGCUCGAAGACCAGUUUGAACGAUGAAAAGAAUUUACCAGUUGUUAAAGUAGAUAUAGUUAAGAGGCGAGAAAUUUUUGAAAAAGCCUCGCAAAAGAAUAGCGAUACCAAGGCCAAGAGACUCUCCGGAGACUUCAGCAACACGAAGUCCAUAAAGGAGAGACUCUCGCAUCUGGAGAGCCAGAGGGAGGAUGGUGAGAACGGCGGAGACAAGAGUAACGCUAACAGUAGCAGUAAUAAGAUUCUUAAGAGACUCUCCGGUGACAUGAGCUCCAUCAGAGAGAGACUCUCAAACCUGGAGAAGCAGACGAGCGAACGCGAAAGUCAAAGCCAUCAUCAGGCCUCCCAGAAGUUGGAAAUUGCCGAAAAUUCGAUUCGGAAGCCCAGAGCCGAGGAAUUGUCAGAUACCGGUAGACCACUUCGGGACAGAUUAAUGUCGCUCGAGAAGUACACGAGUACGGAAAAACCUUUCCUGGUCACUCCGGUGGCUCCACCGGCUUCCGAGGCUGCUCCGAAGACUUGCGAAUUGUCCGCAAGGAGUAUCAAGGAUCGUCUCAACGCCCUGGACUCAUCCAGGAAGAAAGACCUGGACAAACGAGCCAUGGCCAAACAUAUACUCAGCUUCAGAGACACGGAAACACGAAUCGAGACCUCGACACCCAGUGAGAGGAGUUCAUCGCCCGACUCCGAAUACCGAAUUCCCAGGACAGCUUUCCACCGCAGUCUCGAUUCUCUCGAUGCAGAUGCCUCCAGCGGUCCCGAUACAUUCGAGAGAGUCCAAAGUCUCGAGGAACUGGACUACAGCAGACGCUACCCAGCUUCCUCUUCGUCGGCUGAACUUCUCAACGACACGGACCGUGAAGAUUCCGGCAUACACACUGCGGACGUUAGCUGUUCCGUAAGUCAAGCCGAUGAACCCGUUGACGAAGAUAUCGGCGUCCACACAGCUGGCAGCAGCAUCCCCGAAAGACAAGAACCCCUUGCACGGCGACCGGAAGAGCCCACCCCAACGAACGAACCAUUUAAACCUGCAGAACUCGCUGCUGCUGAACCUCUUUCAACUGCACUCUCGACAGCUCUUUCGUCAUACGCAACUGAACCGGAAGCAGUAGUAACGAAGAAGGAAACUGCUGAAUCUUCUGGGGAGCUGUCGACUAACAACGAAUCUCAGCCACAAAUAAUCGUAGACGUAACUAACUCUAAAGCGAUCCCAUCUACCUCGAAUCGUCCUAUAGUUUAUCAAAGUCCCAAGGUACCUGCAAGACGCACUCCACCCGAGUCACCUAAUCCUACCUCCACAUCCAAGCCUAAGCCUAAUCCAAAGCCCAAGCCCAAGACACUCUUGAAAGUGCCUCAAGAGCAACCUGCUACUCUCACUUCGACUUCUUCGCAGAUUCCUGUCGAGCCGACGUUACCUAAAAUGCAAGAUGAUCACUCUGAAUCAAAUUUUGACAUAGCACAGGACAAGUGCCUGGACAAUAACAGUAAUCCUAAUACCGUGCUCUCUUUGAAUCUGGAAAAAGAAACGACGUCCGAGGACACCUCUCCCACAAGAACAACUUCGUCCCCGACAACCCCUCACCUUGCACCUACACGAACUCCUCGUCCUGACUCUGGACCGAGUUGCAAUCUGCAAACGGCGAAUCAGACUCCAAAAUCAUCGAUCAUUUCACCAUCAUCACCUCGUGGUCUAUCAAAAAUUCCUACCCCUCUGCCACGUAAGGGAGUCUCAGACAAAUCCUCUCCGACGCCCUCAACUGGCUCUCAGGAUCAACCAAAAGUACCGCCGCCCCUUAAAUUACGUACUCUUCCACCAUCACCAACUUCUCCCUCGAAGAAAACAUUCGACGUGUCUCCAACGACUAUCGCAACUCCCACUUCGUCCCCCGAGACGUCCUCCGCUUUGGCUGAGUCCGAAUCUUCUGAUUUGGAGGCACCCAAGGACAUCCGUUCCAAUAAUUGCACGAACCUAACAUCCCCGACAACAACUCUAACAAGCCCGGCGACCGAGGUGGCGGCAGUGCAGGAAACACCGACGCCAGAGAGACGUCGCACGGUGGUGGAACUUUGUCAAAAGGUGGUGGUACCUCAGGGUGAAGCUCCUACGACGCCUCCAGUGACGCCAUUCAUCACAGUGGAAUCAAUCGUAACGGAAAAUUCCAUUGACAAGAUCAUCGACUCGGGACGACCCAUGGACCAGGAUGAUCAUAAAAACCCUCGGGUAAACUCGGAGAAGCAGAGGCUUUCCGAGCAACCUGAAGAAAAGCUUAAGGUCCUGGAAGAUCCUUUACUGGUUUCCACUAAGAAUUCAGCCAAGUCAAGUUUUACGGAUCGAACUGUCAAGGUGUCCUUUGGCAGUAAUUCAUCGUCAACGUUUGGUACCACUGUCAAUUAUCCGAGUGCAUUGUCAACGGUAUCAAAACAGAUCCUCCCACUGAAUCUGUCGGGCGACGGAGGAGAGGAAAUCGUAACUGGAUUGUCGUUCACUUUGGGACAGCCUACGAGCAUCGAGCCACCUAAGGAAAAACCUCCACCACCUCCGGUCGACCUGAGCGACGAAGAGACUGUUCCGGUUGAGCCUUUGAAAAGACUCAAUUCCACCAGAAGGAUAAAGAAGGAGCUGAGAACUCGUCGUUCGGAUUUUCUUGGCAUCGAAGGUGUAAACGAUGAAGAACUCGAGCGAGAACUGACUCUUACGAAGCCUCCGGAUAUGGCGGCCAUUCUUGCCGAGGAACGACGGAUAGAGCAACUGCAUCGUCGCUCUUACGACACCGACAGCAACUACGAGCAAGACUCGUGUCACGAAAGAGACUCCGGCGUUGAGCUGGGUCAUGCUGAAGAGUGGAACAACAAGGCCGUCAGUCCGGAUAUGUCCCAACACAGCCGUCAGAGUAGCGAACCAUUCGGAGCCAGCGUAACCUCCUCCGAGGAGGACGAAAUCACGAAGAAGGAACGAGAGAUCAUUGAAGUACUGGAGAAAGAGGAACAAUGGCGUUAUGGGAACAACCACGAAGAGAACAGUGACCUGGGUGAAAAAUUGGCACACAAACUGCGCGAGUUGGAGGAGGAGAAAAUGCAGUUGGAGCGCGAGCGUGCGCAGGAGGUUGAGCUACGUAGACAGGAGGACACCUUCCGGAAAAACGAGGAGAACAUUCGCAAGCAGGAAGGAACCUCGCUCAAGAGGGCGCAACAGGAGGAAGUUACGAGACACCAGGAAAUGGUCCGCGUCGAAGCUGAACGCGAAGCGGAAGCGAGACGAGUCGAAGAGGAGAAACAGGAGGAGCUCAGGAUGCAAGCUGAGAGGAUGAGGGUUCGCAAGGAAAUUGAGGAGAAGGAAAGACGGGCAGCGGAGCUUCGUCGUCAUGAGGACGCGCGGGUCAAAUCUAUGGGCAGUCAGAUUCGCGAGCAGGAGAACGACACACUGACUGGUGUUUGUUCGAGCAAUCAUGAGGAGGAUUAUGCUUCCGGGGAGGUCCUACGGGUUGAAAGGGAACUACUUCAGCUGGAGCAGGAAGAACUCAAAAGACAACGUAACAAUCUGGUCUAUAGAGACCAGAAGAAACAACAGCUCGCUGAACACCUGGAAGAACAAUGGAAAUCUCUUCAAGACGUAGCUCAUGUUGCUAAUUCCGCGGCUAACAACGUUCAGCAAUAUAAGGAGGUCCAGGUCUCUCCAGCCAAUUACAGGUCCUCCAUGCCAAAUCUUCAGUUUCAAGAUGGCCAAAGAAGGAGGCCACCUCCACCUCCAAUUCCGCCAGCGAAGCCUCUGAGGUUGAUCGAACAAAGACAAAGAGAUGUUACCAUAAGAAAUAGCCGGGUCCCGUCAGCUGAUUCGAUUCCACACCAAGUAGAUACUUCUCUGAGGCAAAGUGCCUCCUCUGGUACUCUGGCGAAUUACCCUGGACAACAAAUGAGUAGACAAACUCUCCAAGCUCUGAGCGCGGCUCCGCGUCCUAGAAUAGUUCAGGGAGAUCAAUGGGUGCAGAGACGUAAAAGUGACGUUCCACGUGCCACUCAAGAUUUCAAUUAUCAGCAUUGGCUCAUCCAGGAGGCCGAACAAAGAAGAAUCAACGAGAAGAACCAACGAUCGCCACGCAAACCUCAGGUCCACGUUACGGGUACAUCCGUACCAUACACAGGAUCCCCACCCAGAUCAGACAGUAAACCCUUACCUGAUUCCAUUAUACAAACUCUUACCCAAAGAGUGCAAAACAGAGUACAGGAGAAACCUCUGCCGCCAAGAAGAAGGUUAGAGCUAAGUGCAAGUCAGGAGCACAUUCCUGCCGUACAGCACGAAACCCAGCAACGUGCCAUUCAGCAACAAAAGGCACAGCAACCGACUACUGUACCGAGUAACACUGCAGAAUCACAAGAAAAGAUGUUGAGCGUUAGCGGCAAAAAGAAAUGUUCCCAUUGCGGUGAUGAAUUAGGAAGGGGUGCGGCAAUGAUAAUAGAGAGUCUUCGGCUGUUCUAUCACAUGGAGUGCUUCAAAUGUUGCGUGUGUCAUGUCCGAUUGGGCGACGGACUUAUGGGAACCGACGUUCGCGUUCGAAAUCACAAGCUGCAUUGCCAUAACUGCUACUCCAGCGACGAUGGUGUCAAAUUCAGCUGUGUGUAGAAAUUUGGGCUAUGGAUUCCAAAGCUGACUAGCUUGAAUAUAGCGUCUUUCGGCUAUAUUUUAUAAGUCGUAGUUGAUCAUUUUGCUACCUUGCCCCCACGAAGGUAUCAUAAACGUUUUUGUAAAUAAUUUCGAUAAAGAACAACGACAAAAGCUACAGGGAACAACUUAGGACCUACUAGGUAAUUUUUGCGCAGGUCAUUUUUACGUAUAUUGGAUAUAUCGCGAUACAUAAAUUUCUUUUUAUCUCCCUUUUCUUCCUUCCCCUCGCCUAUAUUCGUAACUAACACACAUGUAAAUAUCGUGUAUGUAUGUAAUUAGAAUAGAGUUAAGCAAUCCUACGAGGCGAAUGAUAGUUCACGUCCUCGACGAAAUGCGUAAACGGAUUAAAAGACGGGAAAGCAAGGUCGAUGGAAAGGAAAGUGUAAAUGUCUGUAUUAUAACUUGUGAUAUUUAUAAAAAGAGUUUUAAUUGUCAGCAUAGUGGCGACGUUUAAAGAGAUAUAAAAUAUUGCUGAUUGAUUUAGUUAUCGAAGCUUUCGAUGUGCCUACGCUAGUGUCUAAAAUCAAAUGAAAUAAUCUCUGCCGGAAAUCUUAAGCUCUAGAUAUUAUCGCGCUAGACAAUAAUAUUAAUCUUAGAUGUAAAUUCCGCGGAGGGCCUUUUGUAGACGAAGAACAAAAUUUAACCUUUGAGAUUUCUAGGCUAUAAUUGCUAUACUUUGGCCUGGAUCAAUUGUAAAGAAAAACUCGAGAUUCACGAGCUAAGAUGAAAUUCGUGUUUCCUGUGUCUUUCAAAGUUUUUUUUUUCUGUAAUUGACUAGCACGUAUAAUAAUAUAAUUGUGAAAUAUUGUAAGAUACGUCUUUCAUGUUAUUACAGAGUGUAAUUUUAUAUUAUCAAUAAAUAAAUGUUUAUUACAAUUCA